UCGCCUUCGCUGUUUCUGUCGUCUCAUUCUGUCCGUCACCCUCCGUCUUUGUCUGUACUUUUGCUUUCUUCUACUUUUUGUGUGUUUGGUUUUUCUUUUUACGUUUUUUUAUUAUUAUUAUUAUUUCUGUCUGAGUUUCUGUCUGUCCUUGUUGACUUUUCUGUCAAGUUUGUGUCUUUCCUUCACUUCAGGUUUCUGCUGACAGCACUGGAGGCUAUUUUUUACUUUUUCAGUUCUAGAUCCUCUGCUUGUGUUUUUUUAAGCCACUUAUUUCAUAUUCAUGGUGCUACCCUCAUUUCUUUUUCUCUACCUAGCUCCUAAAGCUUAUCAGCUGCCACUUUAUCUGCUUCUCCUUAAAGGAACAUCCCUCUAUCUUCUCUUCCUCUUGAACUUGACCUUGCUAGUAUCUGAUCUGCACCUCUGUGAUGGGAAACAAGGAGCUGUUUUCUCUCCUGAAGGGCUUCCUGGACUGCAUUUGUCUCCGCCUGUCACAGAGAAGCAUCAACAUUGAAGCUGAAAAUGAGCGGGACUCUAAAAAUGGCCACCUGACCUACGACAGCGGGGACAUCCUGGAGGACAGAUAUGAGGUGCUCGACACGCUGGGAGAGGGAACCUUCGGGAAAGUGGUGCAGUGUCUGGAUCACAGCAGAGGAGGAAGACCAGUAGCUCUGAAGAUCAUCAAGAACUUGGAGAAAUACAGAGAAGCGGCCAAGCUGGAGAUAAACGUUCUGGAGAAAAUCCGGGCCAAAGAUCCUGAGAGCAAGCAUUACUGCGUUCAGAUGCUCGACUGGUUUAACUUCUGCGGCCAUGUGUGCAUCUCGUUUGAGCUGCUGUCUCUCAGCACCUUCGACUUUUUGAAAUCAAACAACUUCCUGCCGUACCCCAUUAACCAGGUCCGACACAUGGCGAGCCAGAUCUGCCACGCUGUCAGCUUUCUCCAUGACAACAAGCUGACUCACACCGACCUGAAGCCUGAGAACAUCCUCUUCGUCAACUCCAACUACUCCCUCAUCUACAACGCUGAAAAGAAAUGUUGUGAACGGAGGAUAAGAGACACAACGGUGCGGCUGGUUGACUUCGGCAGCGCCACCUUCGAACAAGAACACCACUCUCUGGUCGUCUCCACUCGUCACUACAGAGCCCCAGAGGUCAUACUGGAGCUGGGCUGGAGUCACCCGUGUGACGUUUGGAGCAUCGGCUGCAUCCUGUUCGAAUACUACGAAGGCUUCACACUCUUCCAGACUCAUGACAAUAAAGAGCAUCUGGCGAUGAUGGAGAGAAUCCAGGGACCAAUUCCUCUGAGAAUGAUUCAGUGGAGCAGGAAGCGCAGGUAUUUCCAUCAUGGGCACCUCGACUGGAAUGAAAGCUCCAAGGCCGGACGCUACGUUAAGUCUAAGUGUAAACCACUGAGGAACUACCUGUUAUCACACGGGAGAGAGCAUCACCAGUUUUUUGAUCUCCUGGAGCGGAUGCUGGAGUACGACCCGGUGAAACGGAUCUCUCUCCCCGCCGCUCUGAACCAUCCCUUCUUCCUGCCGCCCAGUCAGUCUGCACGGACUCAGGCCUGGAGGAACAGCUGGGACAACAGCAAAUGACCCUGAAGAGCUUCUUGGUGCUUCAUGGACCACAUGGAUGUGUUUACAGGUUUACAACAAAUCGUUCUUAACACUGUAUUCAUAUUGUGAAAGAGAGUAAUUGAGGGCUCACAGAUUAGGCAGAGGAUUAAUUUAUUUGCAAAUGAAGAGGUGGAUGUUGUGCUGAGGAACGUUUAAAUUAGAGUGAGGCUGAGCUGGAUUGCACCGACUGAACACUGAAGGUUUGAAACUCUGAUAAAUAUCUGAACAAAGCCUUCUUCAUUCCAAAGAAUACAAAUCCUCUUUAUUAGAUUUCUACUCAAACAAACUGUGAAGGAAGCUUUUAGCUUUACGGACCCUGUUCUUCUUUUACUUUGCCUUAUUUGCUCCAUGUUGCAUCAUAAAAGUUAAAACAGUUUUUCUGUUAUUUAGACGAGAUCCAGUGUCAAGCACUACAAAAAUAUACAAAAAUUAGAUAAACUGCUUAGAGAAAUGUAGCUAUUUAACAAAAGGGGAUAGGUUAUAAAGAGGUUUGUUUUUGUGCACUUACACGGAGUUAGAUCAGAGAGAAAUAGGAGCAGUCUUCAGCUCACAUGUCAGAAGAAAAGGAAGUAUAAAAUGACAAAAUAUCACAAAGUGUGUUAAUAUAUUUACACUUUAAAGCAAGGAAAUGCAAAACCUUAAAUUUAUGUUUACAUUCUGUCAUCUGACAAUAAUAACGUCUGUGUUUUUUUUUUUUUAUUAUAAAUUUUGUAUGAACUGACAACUGUGAUAGAAUAAUAAAUGAGUCUCCUGGCUCGAUGAUGAAUCCA